AUGGGCGUCGCUCUCCCUUAUGCAGUAGACGCCGAGACGCCGCUGAACGCGGCCGAGCUCCAAGUGCUGCGUGCGCAAUACGAGAAGGAGGGCGACAUGGUGGGCGUGCAGACAAAGUUCAACUUUGCAUGGGGCCUCGUCAAGUCGAAUGUACGCGGCGACCAGCAGCAGGGCGUCAUGCUGCUGACCGAAAUCUUCCGCACGUCUCCGGAACGACGCCGUGAGUGCCUCUACUACCUCGCCCUCGGCAACUACAAGCUGGGCAACUACGCCGAGGCCCGUCGCUACAACGACCUCUUGCUCGACAAGGAGCCUACCAACCAGCAGGCAUCCAAUCUCAACACGCUGAUCGACGACAGGGUGCAGAAGGAGGGUCUGGUGGGCGUUGCCAUUGUCAGCGGCAUCGCCGUCGUGGCUGGCGUCGUCGGCGGCGUGCUGCUGCGCAACAUGGGCCGCCGGAGGUGA